UGAGAAACCGCGAACAUCAGCCAAUGACCAAGGAUGCCAUCACAGCCUUACAGCCCUACAGCCCGUAGCCAAGCCGCCCACUUAAAUGCUUAUAUCAAGCGCCCUUGAUACCUCGGACUCAAACCAUGCCAGCACCUGGGAAACAUCUUUCCUAUCUCAAUAUUUAAGCUCCUUCUCACUAUGUUCGGCGGCACUUUAUUUGCCUGGGUGCGGCCGUCGCCCGAAGCGCCCGUCGCCGAAAGCACCUGGAACCCCACCAGCCUGGAGAUGCAAGAGCCACGCCGCAUAGCAGCUUCGGCAAACAAUGAGCUGAUCACCGAGCAACCGCGCAUGGGCGAGCCAAUGGUCCGACUACGAGGCGGGGGCGAAGGAGAGGAUGUUUGUUGUGGACUGUGUGCGGGUGUGAGCUGUUUCGAAUGCUUCUCGUGCUGCGACUGCUGCUGCGACUGUUGCGACUGCUGCGGGGGUGGGGGAGGUCCCGGAGGCCCGCCCGGCCCGGGUCCGUGACUAUGGCCUUAUAAAAAUGUCUAACUCCUACUGUCCGCUAGUCUGAGCGUAUUUCCG